AGUCGAUGUUUCAUCGAUGUCAGUAUUAAUCAAACUCACGUGUAAAAUAGAGAAAAAAUUUCAAACGGCCAUUGUACUUGCAAUUAUUAGUGAAAAAAGUGUAAAUAUUAAGUAUAAUAUGACUAAUUCACAUGACAUAGAAGAAUAUUAUAAAGUUGCUGAGGAAUUAGUUUUGAAAGCAGGCAAAGUAAUAAAAAGUGCCAUCAAUUUAAAUAAAAAUGUAAAAAGUAAAGGAAUUGAUUGGGAUCUUGUUACAGAAUAUGAUCGAAAGAUAGAAAAUAAUUUACAGAAAGAAUUAUUAAAUAAAUAUCCGAAUCACAGAUUUAUUGGUGAAGAAACGACUGCAGAAAAAAAUUGUUUACCAAAAUUAACCGAUGAACCAACAUGGAUUAUAGAUCCUAUAGAUGGUACAACAAAUUUUGUUCAUCAGUUUCCACACACGUGCAUUUCUUUAGCAUUAAUAAUAAAUAAAUCAAUAGAAAUUGGAAUAGUCUAUAAUCCUUUGAUGAUGCAAUUUUUCUCUGCAAAAAGACAGAAAGGAGCUUUCUUAAAUGGUCAUCGUAUAAAGACAUCAAAAAUAACAGAUUUAUCUGAAUCAUUGAUAGCAAUGGAACCAUGGAUUGCCAAAAAUCCAAAUUAUUUAGUUAAUAUAUAUACUAGAAUGCAUGCUUUAAUUCAAAGAACUCAUGGAAUAAGAUCAUUGGGCACAGCUGCACUUACAUUGUGUUAUGUUGCAAUGGGUGCAAUUGAAGCAUAUCAUGUUGAAAGUAUAGAUGCUUGGGAUGUUGCUGCAGGAAAAUUAAUAAUAGAAGAAGCAGGAGGCACGGUAAUAGAUACUGAAGGUGGAGAAUUAGAUUUAAUAACACCAAGAGUUAUAGCAGCUUGCAAUCAUCAAAUUGCUGAUCAAUUGGUUAAUCUUUUCAAAACCGCUGAUUUAAAAACUAUCAUUAAAAAUUUUAAAUAAAUCUUUUUAAGUUAUAGUAAAUAUGUGAUAUUCAGAUCAUUAUCAAAUAAUUUUUCAGAAUUUCUUUGAAAUAUAUAGGUACAAUAUAAAUAGA